GUUUGACAAAGAUCGCCUUGUUGGCCUUGUUCCAGCUCCUCCGUAUCACCGUCGCCUGCGCCCACCAUGCCUUCCUUCUCUUUAUUUUUCUCAUCCUCAUCAUCUCUCUUCUUUACUCUGACCACAUCUCGAGUCCCCCAUGUCCCCCAUGCCCCGCUGCUUCCAUCCCGAGUUCGCCUAUCCGCGCGAGAAUGACGCGCACCCUGUCAUCCUGCAGUCGUCCGACGACAUCUACUUUCACUUUGAUCUGCUCCUCCUCGCCAGCAAAUCCGAAUUCUUCGAGGGCAUGCUUGAGAUCCCAUCCUGUUGCGCCGAUACGGCACAUAUCGUUCCAUUUACGAACGCGUCAGCACCGGCGCUGGCGUUCAUCCUCCACGCCUUGACCUGGGUACCCAAGAAGGAAAUUGUGCCUUUCCACGUUCCAAUCGUGCAUCCCGGCCGCGCCUACUACGCUGCAUCUCAGAUUGUGACUCCGACUACCCACCUUCUCCCGACAGCGCCAGCGACCCCACCUCCCGCGUCUCCCUCGCCUGCAGAGUUUUCCGACGUUGCCGUCCCGUCCGAGUGCCAAGUCAACGGUGAGAUAUCGCCUUCCUCACGCAACAAAGACACCGCCUCGCAGAGAAUCCCCGCCCCUCCUUCAGGUAUGAUGCACGCCUCACCAGGCGACUUCGAGCUCAUAAUCAUGGAGCAGAUCAUCGACACGACCAACUGCUACGAGCUGCGCGGGCCCCUCGACGCGCUGUACGCAACUCUAGUGCGCUAUCGCUGGCCUGCAAGCAUCAUGUUUACCCUGGCCGUCCUCCUCAAGCGCGGUAACGCGCAAUACUGGUCGCAGAAGCUCCUCGGCCCGGGCCCGCAGUGUCUGCACCCGUGGGCAGUAUAUCGUCUUCAACAGCAUGCUCCCAAGGUCUACGAAGCGCUCUUGAACUUGUUCGUGCGCUGGGCCGGCACCUUCACCCACUUCAUGAAGAUCGCCUGGAGAUCGUUCAUCGUCGAUGGCAACCGCGACUUCGGCCGACGCUGCAAAGGAACCGCCAAGCGCACCAUUGCGGACACUAGAGUUGGCGCUGAGAAUUCGGCACCCUGCCGCGUCUUCACGGCGUACGGGGGCGACUUCCACAUGUUUCUCAGAGCUUUCCUGGAGGAGAUCUUCUCGUUCGCGGCGGAAAGUCCGGGGCUUGUCGGGACGUACGGAGCACUCCAACGCUUCUGCGCUGACCGCGUACCGUGUGACAUUUGCGCGUACCGUGUUGCGGCAUCUGUUCGCUCGGCUUGGAAUCACUCCAUGAGACACAGCGACUGGUCGCUUGAAACGAAGCACGGUGUGCAAGGGCCGUGGGAUGGAGGGAGGCUAUGGAGGAAAGGAGGGCGGCGCCCGCUCAAGCAACACAUCUGUUCAAAUUGUGGGUAGCAUGCAUUCAAUAUUCUGUAAGCAGGAAAAGAAUCAGACAACUCUACGACAUCCACAGAUGGAUUGCGAAGUGCGCGAGAGCUCACGAUACCUGGCACCGGG